GGGGGAUCCUCUACUUGGCCAUGCUGAUCCUCGCAGAAGGCAUGACGGAAGCAGGGAGUUCGGGCAGAGAUUGCCUACAGGCCGGGGAGUCCUGCACCACCGACCCCAGCUGCAGCUCCAAGUUCCGGACCCUCCGGCAAUGUAUCGCAGGCAACGGCGCCAACAAACUGGGGCCGGAUGCCAAGAACCAGUGCCGGAGCACAGUGAUGGCCCUCCUGUCCAGCCAGCUCUACGGCUGUAAGUGCAAACGGGGCAUGAAGAAGGAGAAACAUUGCCUGAGCGUCUACUGGAGCAUCCACCACACCCUGAUGGAAGGUAUGAAUGUGUUGGAGAGUUCUCCGUACGAGCCAUUCAUCAGGGGCUUUGACUAUGUCCGGCUGGCGUCCAUCACCGCAGGAUCCGAGAACGAGGUGACGCAGGUGAACCGCUGCCUGGACGCCGCCAAGGCCUGCAACGUGGACGAGAUGUGCCAGAAGCUGAAGACGGAGUAUGUGUCCUUCUGCAUCCGGCGCCAGGCCCGGGCCGACGCCUGCAACCGCUCCAAGUGCCACAAGGCCCCCACGCACGAGCUGCUCUUCUGCCCCUGCGACGACACGGCCUGCGCCGAGCGCCGCCGACAGACCAUUGUCCCCGCCUGCUCCUACGAGUCCAAGGAGAAGCCCAACUGCCUUUCCCCCCUGGACGCCUGCCAGGAGAACUAUGUUUGCAGGUCCCGGUACGUGGAGUUUCAGUUUAACUGCCAGCCUUCCCCGCAGUCUGCGACUGGCUGCAGGAGGGAGAACUACGCGGCCUGUCUCUUGGCGUACACGGGAAUCAUAGGCAGCCCCAUCACGCCUAACUACAUCGACAACUCGACCUCCAGCAUAGCUCCUUGGUGCACCUGCAACACCAGCGGCAACCGGCAGGAGGAGUGCGAGAGCUUCCUGCGCCUCUUCACCGACAACCCCUGUCUCCAAAACGCCAUCCUGGCCUUCAGCAACGGGACCCACCUGAACGCAGCCCUGGCCCCGUCCGUGCCCCCGACGACGCAGAUGUAUAAGCAGGAGCGAAACGCCAACAGAGCUGCCGCCACCCUCAGAGGGAACAUCUUUGAGCAGCUCCAGCCCACCAAGGAAACCGGAAACGAGCUGCUCCUGAGGGGCUCCACCCAACUGGCAUCCGAAACCUCCGGCUUGGCGUCGGCAUCCCGCGCUGCGGGGGGGCUGCUGACAUGGGUCUCCGUGGCUCUCGCCGCGCCCCUCCUGCUUGCGAUGUGAAAGGGAGCAGGCACACUGCCAGCAGGGACUCCAUGCGUGUCUGUUUCUUCUUCUUCUUCUUCUUCUUCUUUUUUUAAGGCAACUGUGGGGGGGAAGGGGCAGGACGCAGGCAGAAAUUCCCCCCUCGCUCCUCCAGCCAACGGCUUUUGUUUUGUAAAAACGACGGCGUCUCAGCAGCUCGCGCCUGGUCCCCUGUCCGGCUCCUUGGCUCGGUUCUCUGGAGGCCUGUCACGUGUCAGGCGGGCGCAAGCACAAGAAAUGCGAUUCCAAGGCACUGAGCUCUCCUGAGGCAGCCAGGCAGGAACAGACUCCAGGUGCACGGACUGCUGGGAAGGUUUUGUGAAACUCUGGCCUACGGGAAUUGGGGGUGGAGUGGGUCUCACAACAGGCCAUGCAACUUUCUACCCCGCGACCCGAAGUGCGGCAGGACCAACAGAGCUCCCAGCGCUCAGACCAUCAAGGAAGACGGAGGCGUCUGAGGGGCAGAGCAGAGCCAGGGCGUGCGAUCCUGGAAUUAUCUAGUUUUUUGACAUGUCUGACAACAUUCUGUGGAGCUGGCGUUACCUCUUGGCCAUGUCUUGACUGACCCGUGCGCCCUCUUGUAGAAAACCGUGUUCAUGUGUUAAUGGUCUUCAGGAAGAAACACGUGUCGCCUUAUGAUUUUUUUUGUUUUUGUUGGUUUUGGCAGUUCAUGUUGGCAUCCCCUUCUGAGCACCAAAUGUUCUUAUCGGGUCCUGUCCAGUGUAGGGGGUAGUUUUUGUGAGGUGAGAGUAGGAUAUUCUGUCCCACGCCACGCUAGUCUUUUUAUAAUCUCUGGCUACAUGUAAGCCUCCAGGCAAGAACUGAUGUUCAUAUAACUUGACGCAUGCUCACAUGGGACAGGCAAGCCGUCCGGAGUUAAAAAUUGUGUCUACACUGUAAUAGAAUACCCGUAGCUGGCCCAGGUCAGCAGGGCCAAACUGUUGAGGUUAUCAAUUGCAGUGUAAGAAUGUGGACUCUACGACAUCCGACAUCUCAAUUUUAUAACUCCACGAUUCCACAUCCGCCGAGAAGGGCCAGCUGCAAGUAUUUUACCUCAGUGUAGACAUAUCUGUUGUGCCACAAAGGAUGUUCAGUGGUUUACUUGGUAUCUCUCUAGCCACAGAAGUGAAAGAUGGGUUGGAAAAGGGAGCACGGAGGGAGACCUAGAAGCCGACCACUCACUCACUCCACUGAACACUGAGGGAUACUCAGAAACAGCCUCUGUAUGAACAGAUCCAGGCACUAACUGCAGCAGGGCAGGGCUGACUCACCUUGUUAAAUGGCUGGAUAGCUAAACAGAAUUGCCCUUGCUAACAGGCCCUCUCUGAGGUGAGAGAGGCCUAGGCCGCUUCCAGCUUUUGAGGCCCCUAGUCAUAAUAACAAUAAUAAAUGACAACACGUGGAAAUGAAAUAAAA